UUUUUAUUCUUCAAAUAAAUCUUUUAUUGAUAAUAAAUCCUUAUAUAUAAAAAAAUUAUCAUAAAACAAAAAUACAGAAAAUAAUCAUGUCAUCAAAACAAAUUACAAAAAAACGAGGAGUUGUCGCUUGUAAUAAAUGUAAACGCGAUAAAAAGAAAUGCGAUGGUAGUUAUUUAACUCAAAAACCUUGUAAAAAUUGUCGUGACCGAAAUGAACGUUGUGAAUAUAUUGAACCAAGUCGAUUGAAAGCUAAUGAAAUGAUUAACAAUAUAUCUUCCAAUAUUUCUAAUAUUGAAGAUAUUCAAUAUCAAGAUUUUCCUUUGCGACAAAAUUUGGAUAAAUCGAAUAUAAUCUUACAAUUAUUAACAGAUCCAUCAACUACAAAUGAACAAACUAUUAUUUUAAAACGACUUUAUAAUGAAAUUACAAGAAAUCCUGAAAAUCCAAAUUUUAUUGGUAAUAAACGUGAUGAAUUAUUCAUGAAAUUAAAACUUCUUUCAUCAUCAUCUUCUUCUUCAACCGAUAAUAACGAUCAUACAAAAAUUCAAAUAUGGGAUGAUCUUUGUUCUUUAGUUAAUGAACUUGAUAAUAAUUUGGAUUCUAUUCUUAAUACUUGGAAUUCUGAACCUUUGGAAUUUUCUUCUUCUUCUUCUCCUAUCAUUACUAAUAAUAAUUUAAUAACCCCACCAAAUGAUCAACUUAACGUAAAAACGACAACAACAACAAUUACUACAAUUCGAGAUAAACCACCUAAAGUUAGGGUUAUUAAAGGAAAUAAAAAGACAAAUGAUAUUAAAAAGCGAAAAUCUCGUAAAAAUCAAAGAGAAAACAAAAGAACUCAACCAUAUCCAGCAGGAGGACAAAUAGUAAUAAGACCAUCUAAACAAGCACAUACAAUGAUUUGGCAUCAAAAUGAUCCAAUUGAUGAUGUUCCAAUCAUGGCAUUUCAAAUACAGCAUCAUCCUAUUACACCACCAACACCACCACCAGUAGUAAAUCGACCUCAACAAAGAACUCAAUUUCAACAACAACCAUUACCAUCAUUCCCACAUUUUCAAUCCGUGAUACCUAUUAAUCUUUGGGAUCAUUCAACAACAACAAUGACAAUGCUUUCACCUAAACCAAGUCCAACAUUUUCAGAAUCAGAAAUUAAUAAUAAUGAACCAACCACAAAUUCUAUUCUUUUAUCUCCAACACCAUCACUUCAUGAUGAUAUAGGAGAUAUUGUUUCCUCACCUUCUAACUCAUCAAUUGAUCAUACGAGAGUAAUAUCUGAUGAUGAAAAAGAACGAUUUGGAUUGAUUAGUUUAACAUCGACUACAACUGGAUCACCACAAUCACCUUCAUUAUUUACAGUAGAAGAAUUUAUUGAAAUGUGGUCCAAUUCUUCAAGUGUAACAGAUGACUUAUCUGUAGUAGAACCAAUUUGGAAUUGUUAAUUAUCAAGUGAAAAUGGGGUUCAAAUAUUUCUUUGUUUGUCAUAUCUUUANU